ACCCUGCAUGACAAAGUUUCGAGGAUGUUUGUUCACGGUCCACGUCGUGUUUAUUCCGCCGAAUCUUCCGACGAUUCGGAAGAGGGAAGCGGAGAGGAAGGAGGCCCCGAAGAUGUUCUUCAGAAACGCAGGGAAGAAUGCGAGCGAAAGGCGAGACGUGGCGAAAUGGAUCCUCGUCUGGAGUUCGCAUUUCAGCUUCUCAUGGAUGCGACGGGACUCCCACGCAACGAGGUAAUGGACCACGUGUUCGAGGGGGAUAUGCUCGAUGAAAUCAAUCAUCUUUUCAUGCCGCACAUGAGAUCCACCCUUGUUUGGUUUUACCAAGAAGUAGAAGAACCAGAGCCUCAACUUCCGAUGGACACGGGUCCAACGAAGACUGGCGGCUCAAGAACAGCACCAGCAGCCUCAGCACCUAAGCCUAAAGAACCCAAAGAGCCACCGAAAAAAAAGUUGUUUCUAACAGACGGAUGGCAAGUGUCCUGUUCUGGGAUUUGCAUAUACAUGUUCCGCAUCAACACUACGAAACAACUACCCGAGGAAGGUUUUCACCGAGAUCUUUACACAGGAAUAAUCGAUGCCAUCGCGGUUGGGAUGGUCCCCUCUAUACAGAGAAUCGUGGAGCAUGUCUUCAUGGAUGCCUUGGCUCACCCUGGCAUGGAGGACGAGGAUGACUGCCCGAUGAUCAAAAGUUUAUUGCUGCCUGGGCUGAGGUCAUUCUGCAGUGCUUUGAAAGUGUGUGAAGAAGUUGCGAUACAGGGAAGCAUCUUCGACGAUGGAACGACGAUGAUGGCGGAUGUGCACAAUUUCGAGGAGGCUAAAGCUUUCUUAGCGAACGAAGGCGCCACCGCCCAAGUCGAGCAUAGAGUGAAAUCAUGGAUCAAGAAGUUGAGAGACUUUAUGUUGGAGAGUAAACAAGUCAGAAGAGAAAAUGAUAACUCUGGACCUCAACAAGAGUUGGAAUACUGGAAAAGAAGGGGCGCGCAGUUUAGUCAAUUGACUAGACGAUUGCAGGAGCACGAAGUGCGGAUGUCCUUACUGUGUCUGCAAGUGGCUCGAUCAAAGACGAUUAAAGAUUGGGUAGAAGCUGAAGAGGAGGUCACAUAUUGUUGCAACGAGUCCAAAGACAACGCAAAGUAUAUUCAAGCGAUGGAGAAGUGCUGUCACUGUUUGUACCUUGACGAUCCGGUAAAAAUGAGGGACUCUCUGGUAUCCUUGCUCCAAACCGUUCGCCUGAUAUACAGUGUGUCGCGAUAUUACAACACGUCAGAGAGAACUAGUUCUUUGAUGGUAAAGAUUACGAAUCAGAUGAUCGCGGCUUGCCGAGAAUAUGUAACGAAGAGAGGCCGAGAAACUGUAUGGGGUCAAGACAGGGCGGCUGCCAGAUCAAAAUUGAAACACUGUCUACGUUUGAAUAAAGCCUACAGAGAAACUUACCGCCUAGUUCGAUGCUCACCCGCAGUUACAGAAGAAGAAUUCCGCUUCUCUGAAACCCACGUGUUUGGUAGAUUCGAUUCAUUCUGUGCUCGGAUAGGUAAAAUUUUGAAAAUGUUCGACCUGAUCGAGGACUACCAGAGACUGUUCGAGCGACGAAUGGAGGGGCUACUUCUCGGUGAAUCGCUGGACGAAGCGAUGAAAGUAUUCGAAGAAGCCAAAAAGUUGGCCACUAGUAAAUCGUACGACUAUCUCGACCCAAGAAAUGCGGAUUUCGACGUGGAUUAUGAUGCAUUUAUGGCCAAAACUGACGUACUGAAGGAAAGCAUCGGCGAUAUAAUCGAGAAGAAUUAUGCUGACGUGUGGGAAACACCUCAGGGUAUCCGGUUCCUGACGAGAUUCGAGAAGGUUAGUGAAAAGAUCCCUCUGACAAAGUUGGACGAAAAAUAUAUCCUGGUUGUGCGAUACUGUGACAAGGAAAUAGAACGAACCCUAAAACUCUUUAAGCGACAAAGGGAUGAUCCACCGCUUCCCAGACAUAUGCCACCAAUCGCUGGUCGAUUGACUUGGGCUAAGUCCUUGAAGGUACAUUUAGACGAUUUAGCGGCAUCUGUAUCAAGUCACCCGGUGUUGAAAGCUUUGCCACUGACGGCUGAUCUAGUGCGUAGAUACAAUCAUGCUGUUGCAGCGUUGCUUCAGUAUCAGGCAGAUAUUGCUGAGGUUUGGACGCACCAGAAUUCCUGGAUUGUAGAGGACUGCUUGAGAAGGCCUUUGCUGACGAUAGAUCAAGAGUCGAGAAAAGUGCGAGUAAACCUUGAGAAUCGCAUCACUCUGUUGAUCAGAGAAGCUGACUGUCUGUCGAAGCUUAAGUUGGAAAUACCGAUAGUUGCUCUUGCGAUUCUCUCGAAGCGGGAGCACUUUACCCUUGUCACAGAUUCCCUGCAAUCGAUCAUCGAGAAUUUCGUCAGCACUGCACGCCGCGUUAAACUCGAAGUGAGACCUUUGCUAUUGCCCCACUUGGUAAGAGUCGCCUCUCUGCUGGGACCAGGGCUACUUUCUCUGACUUGGACGACUCCAGCCUGGAAAGACUUUUGCGAUAAUACUAAAGAGGAGAUUAAAACUUUUGACAUAUUAAUAACGAGGGUUCAUGACGUCUAUACGAACAGAAUUCUGCAAGUUUUGGCGAGCAUGCAGAAGAUCAGCCUCCAUGCCUUGCCGGACGACGAGCCAUGGGGUGUGGAUGAUUUCGUCGAGAGAACCGAAGAGGCGUGCAGAGCUGCGGCUGUUGACUUGCAUCGAAAGAGUCUGAUGGUCGAAGAAGCGGUUGAAGAAGUAUUAGAGUUGGUCAGAAAUGCCGCGGCGAGUUUUAAGAGUACUGCAGAGACUGAUCAAUUUGAUUUUCUGAAUCGCGAAGGUAAUAACUCAGACCAGGAGGGGCAGAACGGUUCCGACGAGGGCGGUCAACAACAGCAACAGGAUUGGUCUGUGGUUUGGGCGUGUUUCGACAACCCGCAUCAACUCUUGGCGACCCCCGGUGGCGGUCUUUCAAAAGGCAUGCAGGAGAUGGUGCGCAACGCCGUUUCCGAAAUGAGAAGAUACUAUUCAAGAAAGGUCGUCGACGUUCUCAUCAAAGUCACUCGGAGCUCUCUGGACGCGCUGAGAAAAAGAUUUAUGCAGGAAACUGACAGUGAGGACCUACCACAUCCGGUAUUUUUACUUCACGCUACUCUGGUGAUACCAGCUGUUACUGUACGACCAAACCUUGAACAGGUGCAAGAUUCAUUGACUUCAGCGGGUAAAUGUAUCGCAGGAGUUGCUAGGGGUGUAGCGCAAUGGAAUGCUGGGAAAAGCAAGGCGACAGAAAAGGUAGCGGAGGAUCCACGUGCCAGGCGAAGACGUCUUUACAAAAUCGAGUCCGAAGAGAAGCCUGCUUUUCCCGUACAGCAAAGGAACUUUCAUGCUAUGGUCAUGGAGAACAAAGAAGUUGUUAAGAUGCUUUCCCUGCUGAGCUCGUGCACCCAGGAGUUAAGGCAGGAUCUAACUAGCUUUCUCGAUCGUUGGAAACCUUAUAAAUUUCUAUGGAAAAAUGAACGAACGGUACGAGAGUUAUUGCAAAUCGCGUUACCCGAGUUUGAGUCAACCCUGAGGAGACACGGCGAACUGGAAGACAGACUGGCCACUGAACCAGAUAUGGUUAUUUUUGGCACGUCGAUUGCCGUUUCGACGGAAAAGUUAAAGUACGGAUUGUAUACGGAAAUAAAAGGAUCAACGCACAAAAUUGGACAAGCAAUGAAAAAGAAAUACAGGCGAGAAAUGGAGUACGUGUAUGCCGUGAUGAAUGAGAUGGAACGAAAGUUGGACAGGCAGAUUCGCGACUUGGAUGACGUUCGUUUGAUUAUGGACACGUUGAAAAAGAUUCGGGAGCAGGAAGUUGACAUGGAGCUAAAGAUCGAUCCUAUUGAAGAAGCUUUCAACAUCGUUACGCGGUACGAAGUUCCGGUUGACAGGGAGUGCUUGGAGCAGGUCGAUAAUUUGCGAUACACUUGGCAACAGCUUCAAGGACGAGCUUUGGAAAGUCAUGUUCUACUGCUGACGCUACAGCCACAAUUCGAAGAAGAAUUACGGAACAACUUGGAGAAAUUCCGAAGUGAUAACGAGUCUUACUGCGAAGAAUACAGGCACUCAGGACCAAUGCAGCCUGGCCUGACGCCUAGAGAAGCCUCCGACAGGCAAAUAUUAUUCCAGAAUCGAUUCGAUGGGAUGUGGCGCAAGCUACAGACUUAUCAGAACGGUGAAGAAUUGUUUGGUUUGCCGACGACAGAUUAUCCGGAGUUGUCGCAAAUACGAAAGGAGUUGAAUCUACUCCAGAAGCUUUAUAAGUUGUACAACGAUGUUAUUGACAGAGUCAGCAGCUACUAUGACAUACCAUGGGGGGAAGUCAACAUUGAAGAGAUUAAUAACGAACUAAUGGAAUUCCAAAAUCGUUGCCGAAAAUUACCGAAAGGCCUGAAGGAGUGGCCAGCUUUUUUUGCAUUGAAAAAAACGAUAGAUGACUUCAACGACAUGUGUCCUCUCUUAGAACUUAUGGCAAAUAGAGCAAUGAAACCACGUCAUUGGCAAAGAAUCGUUGAGGUCACUGGCCACACUUUUGACUUAGACAGUGAAGGAUUUUGCUUGAAAAACAUUUUGGAAGCUCCACUUCUCAAGUACAAAGAGGACAUUGAAGAUAUUUGUAUAUCGGCAAUGAAAGAGAAGGAUAUCGAAGCGAAAUUACGGCAAGUAGUGAACGAAUGGUCGGCUCACGAGUUGACCUUCAUGACUUUUAACAACAGAGGCGAAUUAUUACUCCGAGGAGACACAACUGCGGAAACUAUCGGCCAGUUAGAAGACAGUCUAAUGGUCCUUGGCUCUCUUAUGUCGAAUCGUUACAACGCUCCCUUUCGUAAGCAGAUACAGCAGUGGGUUUCAGAUUUGUCGAAUACGAAUGAAAUAUUGGAGCGGUGGCUGCUCGUCCAAAACAUGUGGGUAUAUCUGGAAGCAGUAUUCGUUGGCGGUGACAUUGCCAAACAAUUACCAAAGGAGGCUAAACGAUUUAGCAAAAUUGACAAAAGUUGGCAGAAAAUAAUGCAGAGAGCUCACGAAACACCUGGCGUAGUUCCUUGUUGCGUGGGUGAUGAUUUGCUCAAACAGCUCCUGCCGCACUUGCAGGAACAAUUAGAAUUGUGCCAGAAAUCGCUUAGCGGAUACUUGGAGAAGAAACGAAUGAUGUUUCCGAGAUUCUUUUUCGUAUCCGAUCCGGCGUUGUUAGAGAUCUUGGGUCAGGCGUCAGACUCUCAUACAAUUCAGAAUCAUCUUUUGUCAAUAUUUGAUAACACCAGGUAUGUGAGGUUUCACGACAUCGAGUACAACAAGAUGACGGCGAUUAUUUCUUCGGAGGGAGAAGUUUUGCAGCUUGAAAGAGCUGUUCGAGCGGAAGGCUCCGUCGAAACUUGGCUGAUGCAACUUCUCCAAACUUCACAACAGUCUCUACACUCUAUUAUCCGCCAAGCCCAUGCUAUGAUAAACGACCAAAAUUUCAAUUUACUAAGCUUUCUUGACAAAAUGCCCGCCCAAGUAGGGAUCCUUGGUAUUCAAAUGAUAUGGACCAGAGAUGCUGAGUUGGCGCUCAUGCAGGCUAGAGCGGAUAAAAAAAUCAUGGGUGAAACGAACAACAGAUUUUUAGAGCUACUCAACACUUUGAUCGACCAGACGACAAGAGAUUUGACAAAAAUUGAUAGGAUUAAAUUUGAAACUUUGAUCACGAUACACGUUCAUCAAAGAGACAUCUUUGAUAUUUUGUGUCGAAUGAAUGUGAGAUCAGUCAAUGACUUUGAGUGGCUGAAGCAAUGCAGGUUCUACUUCAAGGAAGACUUGGACAAAACUGCGAUAUUCAUUACGGACGUUCAAUUUACUUACCAAAAUGAAUACCUUGGCUGCACGGAACGAUUGGUCAUCACUCCACUGACUGACAGAUGCUACAUAACUUUGGCCCAAGCCUUGUCGAUGUCCAUGGGGGGCUCGCCUUGUGGGCCGGCUGGUACCGGAAAGACUGAGACUGUCAAGGAUAUGGGAAAAACUUUGGCAAAGUAUGUCGUCGUGUUCAACUGUUCCGAUCAGAUGGACUACCGAGGCCUUGGACGUAUAUAUAAAGGUUUAUCGCAAAGUGGUUCUUGGGGUUGUUUUGACGAAUUCAACAGGAUCGAAUUACCCGUCUUGUCCGUCGCUGCACAGCAAGUUGCCGUUGUCUUGGCCGCUAAAAAAGAAAAGAAGAAACAAUUUGUAUUCACUGAUGGUGAUCAGAUCGACAUGUGUCCCGAACUCGGAAUAUUCAUUACAAUGAAUCCAGGAUAUGCAGGGCGCAAAGAAUUGCCAGAGAACUUGAAAAUUCAAUUUCGUACCGUAGCCAUGAUGGUACCUGACAGACAAAUUAUUAUUAGAGUAAAGUUAGCGAGCUGUGGUUUCCUUGAAAACAUCACACUGGCUAGAAAAUUUUAUACUUUGUACAAAUUGUGCGAAGAACAACUCACAAAACAGGUUCAUUACGAUUUUGGACUGAGAAAUAUUCUGUCAGUUUUGCGAACACUUGGAGCAUCGAAGAGAGUUAACUCGAAAGAUUCGGAGAGUACUAUAGUCAUGCGAGUACUGAGAGACAUGAAUCUUUCGAAAUUAAUCGAUGAAGACGAGCCGCUGUUCAUAUCGCUGGUGGCUGAUUUAUUCCCAAACCAAGCGCUUGAAAAAACAGCUUAUCCACACCUGGAGACAGCCAUUGAUCAGCAGGUGCAAGAAGCAGGAUUGGUUUACCACCCUCCAUGGGUUUUGAAAUUGAUUCAACUGUAUGAAACGCAAAGAGUAAGGCACGGAAUAAUGACGCUGGGUCCUACUGGCGCCGGAAAAACUACCUGCAUUCACACGCUGAUGAAAGCGUUGACUCAAUGUGGUGAUGCUCACAGGGAGAUGAGAAUGAAUCCGAAGAGUAUAACCGCUGCACAAAUGUUUGGCCGGCUUGACGUGGCCACUAAUGACUGGACUGACGGAAUUUUUUCUGCACUAUGGCGGAAGACUUUGAAGCUUAAAAAAGGGGAGCACGUGUGGUUAGUCCUCGACGGGCCAGUGGACAGUAUUUGGAUAGAAAAUUUGAAUUCCGUGUUGGAUGAUAAUAAAACCUUGACCCUGGCCAAUGGAGACAGACUAGCAAUGGCUCCUACUUGUAAGAUAAUUUUCGAACCCCACAACAUAGACAACGCAAGUCCAGCUACAGUGUCACGGAACGGAAUGGUUUACAUGAGUUCAUCAGGUUUAGAUUGGAAGCCAGUUGUUACUGCGUGGUUGAAAAGUCGGGCACCUCUGGAAGAAGAAGUCUUUAGCGAUAUGUUCGACAAAUCAUUUUCUCAGCUGUACGCUUGGUGUACCCAGAACUUGGUGUUUUCAAUGAGAAUACUUCAGUGCAACGUGGUUCGUCAGAUGCUUUGUCUGUUGGAAGGUUUGGUACCCCCGGAAGUCCCUGUUGAAGAAGACGAGGAUGACGAAGACAUCGAGAGAGAUAAGCCACAGCCUAUGACGGCGGAGCACCUGAUACGGUUCUACGUUUUUGCAAUGAUUUGGGGCCUUGGGGCCUUUUUGGAAACUGCAGAUCGACUCAAGUACGAUGAUUACGUGAGAACGAAUUUGACGGCAUUCGAUCUACCUACGUCGGAGAAAUACCCGAAGGCUACAGUUUUCGAUUUCGUUGUCAAUGAUAAGGGAAAAUGGGAUCAUUGGGCGACCUUAGUUAUGAAUUACUCGUAUCCUGAUUAUGCUACUCCAGAUUAUAGCAAUAUCUUAGUACCGAUUCAAGAUAACGUGAGGAUUCAAUAUCUGGUUGACCUGAUCGGACGUCAGGACAGAGCGGUUCUGUUGAUUGGAGAGCAAGGAUCUGCUAAAACAGUCAUGAUGAAAUCGUACAUGAAAAGAGCAAAUCCAGAAACAACCUUGGGACGGUCGUUCAACUUCAGCUCGGCUACAACUCCGUAUCAAUUUCAAAAGACGAUUGAAAGUUACGUUGAAAAACGACUUGGUAAUACCUUUGGGCCACCGGGUGGAAAGAAGAUGCUUGUAUUCGUCGACGAUGUUAAUUUGCCCCAGAUUAACGAAUGGGGUGAUCAAAUCACAAACGAAAUUGUCCGACAAACAAUGGAUAUGAAGGGUUUUUAUUCCCUCGAGAAACCUGGCGAAUUCACAACUGUCGUUGACGUUACGUUUUUGGCUGCAAUGGGACAGCCGGGGGGUGGGCGAAACGACAUCCCUUCGCGUCUGAAGAGACAAUUUUGCAUCUUCAACUGUACGAUUCCGAAUGACGCUUCGAUCGACAGGAUCUUCAGCGUUUUGGGCGAAGGUCACUAUAACACGAAAAGGGGUUUUUCAACGGAGGUUAGGAGUCUCGUGAAGAAAAUGGUACCACUGACCAGAGUUCUCUGGCAAAGAACCAGGGCUAAGUUAUUACCAACACCAGCCAAAUUCCAUUACGUUUUCAGCCUUCGGGAUUUAUCACGCAUCUGGCAAGGAAUGGUUGGCACACUAUCAACGGUCAUAGAGAACGAAAGCGUUCUCAUGCUUCUUUGGAAACACGAAUGUACAAGGGUGUUUAGUGACAGAUUCACGUUGCUAACGGACAAACAAUGGUUUGAUGAGGAGUUAGUCAACACUGUGAACGAAGUACUGGGGAACAAUUACGUACCAAUGGUUGAUAAGAAUCCAGUCUUUGUUGACUUCAUGCGAGACGCACCUGAACCGACUGGAGAAGAGGGAGAAGAUGCUGACAUGGAAUUACCAAAGGUUUACGAACCUGUUGAAGAGCAUCAAAUCUUGAGGGAUCGAUUAGAAAUGUUUUUAUCACAGUUUAACGAAAUGCAGAGAGGAGCUGGUAUGGAUUUAGUUUUCUUCCCGGACGCUAUGUUACAUCUGGUUAAAAUUUCGAGAGUUAUCAGACAUCCAAGAGGGAACGUAAUGCUUGUUGGUGUCGGUGGCUCUGGUAAACAGAGCUUAACGAAGUUAUCGUCCUUCAUUGCUGGUUAUAAGACCUUCCAAAUUACAUUGACUAGAUCCUAUAACGUGACAAACUUUCUUGAAGAUUUGAAAUUUCUUUAUCGCUCGUGUGGCGCUCAAGGUAAAGGUACGACCUUCAUAUUUACCGACCUUGACAUCAAAGAGGAAGGGUUCCUCGAAUAUUUAAAUAACGUUUUGAGCUCUGGAGUCAUAAGCAAUCUGUUCACGAGAGAUGAACAGGCAGAAAUAAUAUCCGAACUCACACCGUCCCUGAAAAGAGAAAAUCCCAAGAGAACGUUAAACAACGAACUUGUGAUGGAAUACUUUCUCCAACGAACUUGUCAAAACUUACACGUGGUGUUUUGUUUCUCUCCAGUAGGUGAGAAAUUCAGAAAUAGAGCUCUCCGAUUCCCAGCUCUCAUAUCCGGAUGCACGAUUGACUGGUUCCAGCCCUGGCCAAGAGAUGCAUUGGUCCUAGUGGCCGAGCAUUUCUUGCACGAUUUUGAAAUCGCCUGUACAGAUCACGUCAAAAUGCAGUUAGUCAACGCAUUAGGUUCUAUCCAAGAUGUAGUGGCAGAAACUUCAACCGAGUAUUUCCAGCGGUUCAGACGAGCCACGCACGUCACCCCAAAGUCUUACUUAAAUUUCAUCGGUGGAUACAAAAAUAUAUACCAAUUGAAACAGCAUGAACUUGGAGAGGGUGCUAGGAGAAUGGACACCGGACUUGCUAAAUUAGAAGAAGCUUCAGUGUCUGUGGAGCUAUUGAAACAAGAACUAGCUGUUAUGGAACAAGAGCUAGCCCACGCGUCGCAGAAGGCAGAGACUGUGCUUUUGGAGGUAACUGAGCGAGCAAUGCAAGCAGAAACUUUCAAAAAUCAGGUGCAAAAGGUGAAGGAAAAGGCAGAGGUAUUAGUCGCCUGUAUUGCCGAGGAGAAAGCGGUAGCUGAGCAAAAGCUGGAGGCUGCUAAACCAGCCUUAGAAGAAGCUGAAGCUGCCUUGAACACUAUCAAGCCAGCGCAUAUAGCCACUGUCAGAAAGUUGGGCCGUCCUCCGCACCUGAUCAUGAGAAUUAUGGACUGCGUACUGAUUCUGUUUCAACGAAAAAUUGGAUCAGUCGUUCCCGAUUCUACGGCCUUAUGUCCGAAGCCCUCUUGGGCCGAGUCGCUCAAAAUGAUGGCCAGUACAACGUUCCUACUACAAUUACAAAAUUACCCUAAAGAUAUAAUCAAUAACGAAAUGGUCGAGUUGUUGCAACCGUACUUCAAGAUGGAAGACUACAAUAUGGAAACAGCGAGAAGAGUGUGUGGAGACGUAGCCGGUCUUCUCUCGUGGACCAAAGCCAUGGCCUUCUUUCAUUCCGUGAACAAAGAGGUUCUUCCACUGAAGGCAAACUUGACUUUACAAGAGGCCAGACUCAAAGUAGCCAUGGAAGAUCUCGCCAAUGCGGAAAGAGAGUUGUCCGAACGAGAAAUGGCCUUGCAGGCCGUUAAGGAACAGUAUGAUGCAGCUGUGUCAGAAAAACAACGUUUGACGGAUGCAGCCAACGUGUGUCUUAGAAAAAUGACUGCCGCUACCGCUUUGAUAAACGGUCUGGGAGGUGAAAAAAUUCGGUGGACACACCAAAGUCGAGAAUUCAAAGAUCAACUCGGACGAUUGGUUGGAGACGUUCUACUCGCAACUGGUUUUUUGUCCUACUGUGGACCCUACAAUCAGCAAUACAGAGGUGGACUCGUCGACUCUUGGAUGGAUAUUUUAACCACUCGAACUAUUCCGUUUACUAAAGACUUGAAUAUAACUAACAUGCUUGUGGACUCUGCGACGAUAUCGGAAUGGACUCUGCAAGGUCUUCCGAACGACGAGUUAUCCGUGCAAAACGCUUUGAUUGUGACAAAGUCAUCGUCGUAUCCCCUUCUGGUUGACCCACAGAACCAGGGUAAAAUGUGGAUAAAAAAUAAAGAAAGUUCGAAUGAGCUACAGAUAACAUCUCUGAAUCAUAAAUACUUCAGAACUCAUUUAGAAGAUAGUUUAUCACUAGGAAGACCAUUAUUGAUUGAAGACGUAGCGGAGGAACUCGAUCCCGUUAUUGAUAACGUAUUGGAGAAAAAUUUCAUCAAGUCCGGUUCUAUCGAGAAAGUAAUUGUUGGGGACAAGGAGUGUGAUGUUAUGCCUGGUUUCAUGCUCUACAUCACAACUAAAUUGCCGAACCCGGCGUAUAGUCCAGAAAUAUCAGCAAAGACGUCAAUCAUCGAUUUCACGGUAACUAUGCAAGGAUUAGAAGACCAGCUACUCGGUAGGGUGAUUCUGAUGGAAAAGGCUGACUUAGAGGCUGAACGAGUUGCUCUGUUCGAGUCAGUGAUGACGAACCAAAGAUCAAUGAAAGAGCUCGAGAGUACUUUGCUGCACAGAUUGACCUCCUCCGAAGGUUCACUGGUAGAUGACGAAGCUCUGAUCCGUGUUUUGCAGGAGACAAAAUCGACCGCAGAAUCGGUUAGUGAAAAACUGCAAGUUUCUGCAUUAACGGAAAGGAAAAUCACGAUAGCAAGAGAAGAGUUCCGUGCAGUAGCUGCUAGAGGUUCCAUCUUAUACUUUCUCAUAGUAGAGAUGAGUAACGUCAAUGUGAUGUACCAAAACUCGUUGAAGCAAUUCUUGACUAUAUUCGAUAACUCUAUAACGAAGUCAACUAAGAGUGCAAUCACUAAUGAACGGAUAGACAUUAUUCUCAGACAUCUGACUCUUGAAGUAUGGGGAUUCACGUUGCGGAGUUUGUACGAAAGGCACAAGGCACUUUUCACGCUUAUGCUGGCAAUGAAAAUAGACUGCCAGCGCGAGGCGAUCUCCCACGCAGAAUUUAUGGCAUUCAUAAAAGGAGGAGCGUCUCUGGAUCUCAACGCAGUAGCGCCAAAACCAUUCAAGUGGAUACUGGAUAUAACUUGGUUAAAUCUGGUGGAAAUCAGCAAGCUCGAAGUAUUCUCCGAAGUGCUAACGAAGAUUGAAUUCAACGAGAAAGAGUGGCGGCAAUGGUACGAAAAAGAGAAACCCGAAGAAGAGGAACUACCUUGUGGCUAUCAAAAAAAUCUCGAUGUCUUCCGGAAGUUACUAUUAGUCAGAUCGUGGAGUCCUGACCGAACUCUUUCACAGGCGAGAAAGUAUAUAAUAGAAUCCCUAGGCAAAGAGUAUGGCGAAGCGAGAAUUUUGGAUCUGGAAACUACGUGGUCAGAGUCAGAACCGAGAAGUCCUCUCAUUUGCAUUCUAUCUAUCGGGUCAGACCCAAGCCCGCAGAUAACUGCGUUAGCGAAACAAAAGGAUGUUCAACUCAGAUCCGUUUCGAUGGGGCAAGGGCAGGAAUUUCACUCUCGGAAAAUGAUCAGUGAUGCUAUGACCACCGGAGGAUGGGUCCUCCUGCAGAAUAUUCAUCUCUCUCUUCCUUUCUGCACCGAAGCUAUGGACGCUCUGGUCGAAACCGAGAACAUUCAUGAGUCUUUCAGACUGUGGAUGACGACGGAAGUCCACGCGCAAUUUCCAAUUGGUUUGUUACAGAUGGCCAUCAAGUUUACAAACGAACCACCGCAAGGCAUAAGAGCAAGUUUGAAGAGAACGUACCAGGGUGUGACACAGGAUGCUCUAGAUUACAGCACACAGGCCCAAUGGCCGCCACUUUUAUACGCUGUUGCAUUUUUGCAUACAGUUGUACAGGAGCGAAGAAAAUUCGGACCACUAGGUUGGAAUGUGCCGUACGAAUUUAAUCAGGCGGACUUCGCUGCGUCGGUGCAGUUCAUUCAAAAUCAUUUGGACGAUAUGGAUCCUAAGAAAGGAGUGUCUUGGCCGACAGUAUGCUACAUGCUCGGAGAAGUUCAAUAUGGAGGCAGAGUAACAGACGAUUUCGAUAAACGUUUAUUGACAACAUUUACGCACGUAUGGUUUUGCGACGUCUUGUUACGCCCAGGGUUCGAAUUCUAUCACGGAUAUCGCGUACCUCAGACUCGAAACCUGCAGGGAUACAUUGAUUAUAUAAACAGUCUACCAGUUUCCGAUACACCAGAAGUAUUCGGACUGCAUUCGAACGCGGACAUAACUUACCAGAUAAACACCGCGAAAGGAAUACUUGAUACAAUUUUGAACGUACAGCCGAAAGAAGGAGGCGCCCAAGGUGGUGAGACGAGAGAAAGCAUCGUUUACAGGCUGGCUGAUGAUAUGUUAUCGAAAUUACCACCCCAGUAUAACGCAUUCGAAGUUAAGGAAGCCCUGCAAAGAAUGGGAGCUUUGUUUCCGAUGAAUAUUUUCCUCCGUCAAGAGAUCGACAGGAUUUCACGCGUGAUAAAAGAAGUCCAAUCGACCCUAAGCGAUCUCAAAUUAGCCAUUGAUGGCACUAUAGUAAUGAGCCAAGGCCUUCGGACAUCAUUAGACGCGAUGUACGACGCCCGCAUACCCGAAAAGUGGCAAAAGAUAUCCUGGGAGUCUGCAACUCUCGGAUUUUGGUACACGGAGUUGUUGGAAAGGGAUGGACAGUUUAGACACUGGUGUGCCAAUGGUCGUCCGAACGCUUUCUGGAUGACGGGAUUCUUCAACCCUCAAGGAUUUCUAACUGCAAUGAGACAAGAAGUGACCAGAGCGCACAAGGGGUGGGCGUUGGAUUCGGUGGUUCUUCAAAAUCUGUUAACCCGGCACAAUAAAGAGGACGUGAAAGAGCCACCACAGGAGGGAGUUUACGUCCAUGGUUUAUUUUUGGAGGGUGCAUCGUUGGACAGGAAAUCAGGAAAGUUGGUAGAAAGCAAACCAAAAGUGCUUUACGAACAGAUGCCAGUUAUAUACAUAUACGCGAUAAAUACAACGGCUGGGAAAGAUCCAACGCUUUACGAAUGUCCGAUUUACAGAAAACCUCAGAGAACCGAUCAGAAAUAUGUCGGAUCAAUCGACUUUGAAACUGAUCAUAAUCCUAGGCAUUGGACUCUGAGAGGGGUCGCGUUAUUGUGCGACAUAAAAUAAAGGGAUAAAAUAAAUCACGUAAUAAACAAACUUAUUUAUGCGGACUAAAUAAUUGAUACAUCGAUACUGUUCAAUAUCAAGUAUUACAAUAACUAUUGGAAGGAAUAAAUCAUGCGUACAUACAUCUAAUAGGUACACUUCAAUUUCAGACCAAGUUAUCUGAAAUAAGGUAGAAUUGAUUUCUUGCGAUUACAAUUAUGUAUAACGUUCACAGACAUAACGUUGCACCCUGAUGCGAGUUACAUAAGAUCAAAAUUCAUGCAUACAUGCAUUACUUUUUUUUUUUUACUUCAUAUUCAAAAUCAUGUG